AUGCGAGCAGUGCAGUCAGCCAGAAGAGGUGCGCGGCUUCCGUCGCCGCGCCUCUUCGCUGCGGCCGGCGUGGGGCCGGGCCGGAGGCACUACCAGGGCGGCCUCACCGAUAAGGACCGCAUCUUCACCAACUUGUACAACGACGACGACUUUGGGAUUGAGGGCGCGAUGAAGCGUGGCGACUGGUACAAGACCAAGGAGAUCGUGCUGCUGGGGCCGGAGCGGAUCAUCGCCGAUAUGAAGGGCUCCGGGCUGCGCGGCCGCGGCGGCGCCGGCUUCCCCUCGGGUCUCAAGUGGUCGUUUAUGCCGAAAAACAACAAGCAAGCCAGGCAAGCCCCGCCUCAAGCCGCCUUUCCCGGCAAACGCGGGCCUCUACGGCUGCCCGACCACGGCGAUGAACCCCCCACCCACCCCCCCUCCCGCCCCGUUGCCAACGUGGAGACGGUCUCUGUGGCGCCGACGAUCAUGCGGCGCGGCCCCGACUGGUUCUCGUCCUUCGGGCGGAAGAACAAUGCGGGCACAAAGCUGUUUUGCAUCUCUGGCCACGUCAACAACCCGUGCACGGACGUGGUUGGGGGGUGGGACAACCUGCUGGGCGUCAUACCGGGCGGCUCGUCGGUCCCGAUCCUGACGUCGGACAUCUGCGACGAG